AUGGGCGCCUUGGUGUGUUGUCAAGUGUCGGCAUUCAUGAUGAAGUUAAAUUGUAAGGAUCAAGAGAAAGACCGCAUGUCGAUUAAAGAAGUCAUUUUUGCCCCGAAAGAGGUGGGUCGAGACCGCAUUCUGUACGCUUCUACGAUUUGGAACGCCAUGGAAUCACCACAUAUAUACCACCAACUUCGUCCUCUGUCAAUCCCCAAAUCCAGCCAAUCCAAUGUGACGAAUAGCAGAACGCCAACAGAGCACAUCCCAAGAAUAUCAAGCCGGCAUCGAGGUUCGUGGAAAAGUGAUGAGGAAAAUUCCCACCUUAACGGUCACCGAAGGACUAAUGGAGGUAAUAACGGUGGAAGCAAUCAUCGUAGUCGAAGUGCUCACUCUCCUUCCUCGUCUCAAGCAGGAUCUAGCAGAUCUUCCGCACGACUACUCUCAGCUAGCUACGCUCAUAGACCUUUACCUCCACCACCUCAACUACCCAGGUAUCAUUUCGGCUGUCUGCUUCGAAACAGUCUCCUACCGAUGCCGCCAGGAUUGGUCGCCAAGAGUAAUCUCAGUGGUUCUCGUUUCAUUGGCUCAAAAGCUCCACCCUCUGCUGGAGAUGUGAAGGUGAUACUCUGUGUAAAAAUGUCCAGUACUAUAACCACUACUCAAGCCAGCUCCCUAGUCGACGGGGCAAGUUCGACUCCUUGUGUUAUGAUUGAUCCGCGAAGGAAACAGGUCACUCUUGUACAUCCCGCUCCCACUCGAAGGAGAUUCGGUCUAACUGCCCCAAAGAUGUUCUCUUUCGAUUCAGUUUACACACAAGAUGAUCCUUUGGCGGAAGUUUGCUCCACUGCACUCACAGAUGCUGUGUAUUCGGUGGUUCAUGGAACCGAUAGUUGCGUUCUCUGCUUUGGUCAUGCGAAAACUUCCAAAUCUCGAACAAUGUUGGGAUCGGAUACAUCUGUAGCCUCUCUGGGAGUUAUUCCAUGCGCAAUCGCUUGGCUAUUUCGACUUGUUGGAGAGCAGAAAGAAGUCACUAAAACCCGGUUUUCUGUUCGAGUCUCUGCUGUUGAAGUCUUCGGUCACGAAGAAUCAUUCAAGGACCUUCUUCAAGAUUCAGCUUUAGAGAGUGGAGAUGACCAUUUACAAGGACCAGCUCCUAGUAGCUACCUCCGCGACAACAGUCCUAAUUCUAAGAACAGGUCAAUGUCCAACACAACAAAUUCCAAUGACAAUACUCCCGCUGCCCGGCUGAGUCAAGUAAUGGACAAACUCACAGAAAUUCGAGCGCCAACUGCCGGUCAUGCUGCUCAUCUCUUAGAUGUUGCGCUUGCCAAUCGUGCCCAAAAUACCGCUAUAUCUCAUACUCUUUUCACACUUCAUGUAUAUCAAUAUAAAGUUGAGAAGAAUGGUGCCGGAACUGAAGUUUCCGGUGGUAGGAGUCGUCUACAGUUACUUUACUUAGGAUGUGGCCGAUAUGGUUCUAAAGAGAUUGGACAAGCUCAGGAUCAGAGCUCAACUUCAAAGAGCCUCUCACUUGCGAAUAUUGCCAACGUUCUCUUGGGAUUACUUACCGGUCAACGGCAACUUCCUCACAGAGAGUCUGCCGUCACACAGCUUUUGCGAGAAGGAAUGACUGGAAAGCAUGCUCAACCUUGCAUUAUCGCGCAUGCCUCCGGUCAACAGCAACACUAUUCAGAAACUUUACAAGUCAUUCAAUUAGCAUCCAAAUUGCAUCGUCUUCGGCGUCGCAGAGUGGGUAGUAGUGGAGGAAGUAGUGCAGGAGGUAGUAAUUGGAACGCGUCAAUCGGUGGCACGACAUCUGACUCCUCUACAUCAUCUCGGGGGUUCCGAUCGCGACUCUCAGCUCGUCCUAGACUAGGUCGCUCCUCAUUUGGUGCAUCUACUACUGAUUACACAUCGAGUAGCGAACAAUCUUGUGCUGGGGACACAGUAAUCUACCUUGGUGGUGCUAGCGAGACAGAGAGCUCGCUGGGUCCUCGUGGUCUUGCUGAUGGAAGUGUAGUUCAUUCCGCUGAUGAGUGGAAAAAUUACACUAAUUCUAGCGAAGAAGGAACCCUUCAAAGGUCAUUCUCUGCUGGAAAAACCCGAAUUGGAAGAUCUCUCUCUCAAUCAGAGAAUGGCGGAACACUCCGAUCGUCUGGUUUAAUUAAACGUGUAACACCAAGAACUAAUGCAACAGCCUGGCCAAGAGCGGCAGCUGUUAGAAAGGGGAAAGAGAUGGUCAGUUCUACUGAGGAGACAUGGGUAGAUGGACCUAAUGCAAUGGUGACGAAAGGGCAGCAAUCCGAUUCACAGACAACCUGUACUGAAAAUGCGCAAUCCCAGCCACCGCCUCCUGCUCCGCCAUAUUUCGGUGUUACGCAUCAUAUCAUUUCUCAGAACCAAGUUCAAGGAACUGAAACACCGAAAAUGUUUGUUGCACCAUCAGCUGAACAGAAGAGUAGCACUGAAAUCGAUUCUACUAACACCCCCGCAGAAGUGCAUAUCAAAGAACCCACUUAUGCAUCUAUUGAUGAGAUGAAACAGUCCCAACAAAGCAGUGAAAGCAGUAGCUGUUCAACUUCGGAUUCAACCAGCGGUUCAUCGGACAACGAAAAUGAUCAGGAAAGAAAUCCAAUUAAGAGCUCUGGAGGAAAUAACACUGGUGGGGGUGUUGGUGGUGGUGGAAGAGGUUUUGCAGUACUCUCUGACAUCAGUGAACGUACAGAAGAAACUGAAGGUGGAACUUCAGCCCCAAGUAGCAUUGCUGGAGGUGCCCAUGAAGAACGGGAAAACACCCUUCUUGAUUUGGCCAUUCAACAGAGCAAUCUUAUGAGCGCAAAUGAACAAGAUGGUCAAGGGGUAAAGCGUACAAUUAGUUGGUGUCUUAACGAUACUUUCUCCGAAUAUCCUCCAAUUUCAUUCCUCCAAUCCAAUUAUGCCACCCCUCAGCUGGAGCAUAAAUCUAUCGAGCAGCAAACCACUACUCCAAUAAUGAAUGAAACUCCAACACCAGUACAUCAACCACGAGUUAAAUGUGCCCAAACCCCAGGGUUUGUCGAAAAAGGGGUUUCAACUGACAGUCCUGUAGUUGAUCCCAAGGCCACUCAAUUGCCACCUACUUCAAGUUCGGACAGAUCCAGACACUCUCCACGUCGUAGAAAGCACUCAAAUACCGCGUCUUCAUUUGAUCGGGUGGCAGCAUGGGUGAAGGAUGUUAACACUGACUUAGAACAUGUCGAAGCUGAUCCAACUCGCCCCUCUCCAGCACAUACUCCCACUCAAUCCCAACCUGAAAGUCGAUCAUCAUCAUGUCAUCGAUCUUGCUGCUCAAGACGCCAUAGGAGUCACCGGAAGAGACGUAGUAGGAGGCAUCAUCAUAGCCGUCAUCAUCGACAUCAUGAAACUACCUGCUCAAAGUGUGCUCGCGAAUCUUGUGCAUUAUGUGAAGCGGAGGCUGAAAAGUGCUGUUCGAAAGCCUGCCACAAAUGCUCGUAUUAUGAUGAACAACGAGGAAAACAUGUUUCUGAAGCAUCGAAUCAUGGUUCUUCUUGCAGCAAUCCUCCCAAAUCUGAGGCCACUUCUAAGUCUCCUACAGCCCCUGUGAUCGUUCCAGCUGUUCAACAGCAUAAUGGAGCCCAGAAGGCGCUGUCAACGUUUGCAUCACCACUGGUUAUGCAAAGGACGGUGUCUUUCCCUUGGAUGCCAUCACAGAUGACACGGUCCUCAACAGUUCAUUCAACACCCUGUCAACCUCAACAAGCGAAUCAGGCUUAUUGGUCCCCGAUGUACGCUCCACAAACACCCCAACUCCCAGUUCAACAGACAAACCCUAUGCAAUAUUACCCCUGGUCCCUACCCACAUCCCCCUAUCUUCAGAAUUCAAUGCAGGCUUGGUCUGCACAGCUCCCUGUGCCAUCCUCAGCAGCCUCUGAAUUAUCCCAAGCAGCACCACCUCAAUCACACUAUGUCCAUCCUAGACGUCCUAGCGAUUCUGUUGAUGUGGGUACUCCAACCCAUACUACUUUAUCGUCCGCCUCAGAGCUACCCCAAGACGUCAAAAAAUCUAGGUUCUUUACUCUUCCAUCUAUCCUCUGUACUCUUCGUCGCUGGCAUGCCAGACGAAAGGAGAGAAAAUCCAAGAAGGCUCUUGAGGUAACUGCCGCUGAAAAAACGCCGGUGAUAGAUGAUCAACGAAACAUGUCAAUGAGGUCUAGUGCCUCUCUUCCUGGUGCAUAUUCACGAAAUGGUUUCCAGAGGCGGCCGAGUAGUGAUCAGGGUAUUGUAGGUACCUCCCAGUACCUCCAACAUUAUCCUGUGGCUACCACAACGAUAAACCAACAUCAAAUAUAUCCCCAGAUGUGUGCCGGAGACCCUUCCUCAUUUAUGAAUCAAAUGCAGCAGAGCCUUUCUACUUAUCGAACCAGCCGUUCAGUAGGAAUAGGCCACAAGGACAACCGAGGUGAUCGAGGAAGCAGUGGAUAUGAGAGCUAUCGACAAGGGAUGACUACAGGAAGUGCAGGAGGUGGUCCAGGAUGUAGCAGUGAAGUCUCGUCGGCUCAUACAGAUUCAGUUGACUCGUGCUCAUCAGGGUGCCCCCAACAACAGAUGCAACAUUGCCAGUAUAAUUUGCAAAAGCCCCAACAAGGGAUAUGUUGCCCCCCUCAGCCAUUCUAUUCCCCUAAUCAAAAACCCAUGCCAUACAUGCCCCAGACCAUGACAAGUCCAGGUCACCAAAGUUUUCCAAUGGCCAUGGCUAGCAGUAACCUAAUCCGUUAA